UUGCAUGGAUUUGUUUUUCUAUUAUAGAUUAAUUUACUUCACAUUUUAGUGAUAGUUAUCUGUGAUUGUGUUUUGCUGAGUAAUGUUGGGAGAAUUGUUUCGGCCAACUGUUUGUUGGUGAUUGGUUCAAAAUUGAGUUAAAUUAUUGUUGUAGAGGGGUCGGAAGUGAAAAAGGAUUGAAUGUGUAAUCGAGGGGCGUAUUUACAGUGUUAAAUAAAUUUAGUGGUUUCGAAACUGUGAUUGGGUGUAACAUACUACUACCUGAAACUAAACAAUACCGAAAGGGUCAAAAUCGAUAUAUACGCAUAAGGACUUAAGGCGACACCCAUGGCGGGCGGGAAGCUGUACGCGAGCUGCCUGUCUCUGGCCCUGCUCUGCUCGCUGCUGGGCGCGGCCCGCUGCCAGGACGACGACGACGUAGUCGUCACCACGGAGGAGGUCGAUGACCAUAUGGAGGAUUUUGCAUAUGUCAGUCCUGUAGCACCAAACAAUGCUUAUCUUGCUGAGCAUUUUGAUGAUGUUGAACAAUUCAAGAAAAAAUGGGUUUUGUCAGAAGCCAAGAAGGAAGGAAUUGACGAUGACAUAGCGAAAUAUGAUGGGAAGUGGAGCGUGGAGACGCCCCAGAAGAACUCGAUGAAGGGCGACCUGGGGCUGGUGCUGAAGUCGAAGGCGAAGCACGCGGCCAUCUCGUCACGGCUGAACCGGCCGUUCCAGUUCGCGGGCCGGCCGCUGGUGGUGCAGUACGAGGUGACGCUCCAGGAGGGGCAGGAGUGCGGGGGGGCCUACCUCAAGCUGCUGUCUCUGGGCAAGCACACUGCCGACCUGCGGCAGUUCCACGACAAGACCCCCUACACCAUCAUGUUCGGGCCCGACAAGUGCGGCAACGACCACAAGUUGCACUUCAUAUUCCGCCACAAGAACCCCUUGAAUGGCACGUUCACCGAGAAGCACAGCAAGAAGCCCAAAGACAGGAUGGAAGAACCGUUCAAGGACAAACUUCCACACCUGUACACACUGAUAGUUCGUCCAGACAACACGUUCACGAUCCUUCUGGACCACAAGACUGUCAACGAAGGCAGCCUCCUGGAAGACUUCACUCCGGCGGUGAACCCGCCUGCGGAGAUCGAUGACCCUUCCGACAGGAAGCCGUCGGACUGGGACGACCGCGAGAAGAUCCCGGACCCGGACGCGCGCAAGCCGGACGACUGGGACGAAGACGCUCCGGCUACCAUCCCCGACGCGAGCGCCACCAAGCCGGAGGGCUGGCUGGACGACGAGCCAGAGAUGAUCCCGGACCCCAACGCUUUGAAGCCCGAUGACUGGGACGUGGACAUGGACGGGGAGUGGGAGGCCCCGCUGAUCGUGAACCCCCGCUGCGAGCAGGCGCCCGGCUGCGGGGAGUGGAAGCCGCCCUCCGUCUCGAACCCGGCCUACAAGGGAAAGUGGCGCACGCCCAUGAUCGACAACCCCAACUACAAGGGCAAGUGGAAGCCCCAGCGCAUCCCCAACCCGGACUUCUUCGAGGACAAGAACCCCUUCAGGAUGGCGGACAUUGGAGCAGUUGGCUUUGAGUUGUGGUCCAUGUCUGACAUGAUUCUUUUUGACAACAUCAUAGUCACAGAUGACCCAGCAGGGGCUGCCCAGUGGGCUGCAGAGACAUUUGAUAUCAAACGAAGGAAAUUUGAAAAGGAAGGGGAGAACCUCCUCACCCGGCUAAUCAACUACACUAACGAGCGCCCGUGGCUCUGGGCCGUGUACGUGGUAGUCAUUGGUCUCCCUGUAGUGCUGCUGAUAGUCAUGUGCUGUACCUCCUCGUCCCAGGAGAAGGAGGAGCAGAGGCGGGCCGCGGAGGCCAAGAAGACGGACGCGGUGAGCGCGGACUACCCCGACGAGGCGGAGGAGGAUCAGCAGGAGGCUGCGGACGCCGGCCCGAGCACCAGCGCGGCCUCCAAGGGCGACCUGGAGGUGAAGGAGGCCCAGGGGAGCGGCGACGAGGCUCCUCUGCUCAACAGGGAGGCCGUACGUCCGCCCGAUGACGCGGAGGAGCGCUCUGGGGACGCAGCUGACGGUGACGCACGCCACUCGCCGCGCAAGAGAACCCUCAGGAAGGACGACUGAUGCGUCGCUCGUUGAAGCAAUGCGGUCUCUCACACAGACAUUGGAAACACUCCUGCAGUGUCAGACUCGAAAACUUGUAUUCCUUUUUAUGUUCGCUCAUUUGUAAUUUCCCCCUCCCCAAGACAGGCUGAUGGUAGAACCAUGGUUAGUGUUUACUUCAUAUGCCAAACUGUAUCGUCGGCCUUUGAGAGUUAGAGGCAUUUCUCGUGCUGAAGUGCGACAAUUGUAAUGUAUCAUUUACAUAUUUAAAAAAAAAUGAUGUUGCUGACUAGUGUAUGGUAAAGUUGCUGUGCAGUUCUGUGUGAUGUGAAUUGCAUUUGUGUUGCAAGGAUCAGUAUAUUUGAACUUUGGAUAUCUUAACAUGUAUUAUAUUUAUACUUUAUAUAGUAAUUGUCAUGAGAUAUAUUUUAACAGUUUAAAGAAAAUCGAUAUAGUUGUGGCAGCUUCAGAAAAGUGUAAAUUGUUAUUAUUAACAUGUUUGGUAUUUAGAUUUUAUUUGUUCUUAGUUAACAUUAAAUAGAUAGGUAAUAUAUUUAAACUCAUUUGAGGUCUGUAUGAUGCUCGCAUGACGUUUUGUAGAUUACUGCCCCCAAGAAUUAUAAACUAGUACAGUGUUAUAAAAUGGACUAUUUUAACCUGAGCUCAUAGCUGUAGCUGUCAAUACCGGGUCCGUUGAGACCAUAGUCUGUGGAAUGAGUGUUGUAUGGGUUUCUUUUAUUGUACUGUUCUGGGAUUAGUUACCGUUUGUGUAAAAUAACUAUUUGGCUGCACGGGCAUGGAUUUUAUCAUUUAAGCAUGUUAGGGAAGAUAUUAUAUUUCGUGGAAUUUGUGUUGUCUUGGUUGAUUAAGUGAUUUCUGUUAAAGUUAAUAAUUAAUAUUAUUGUCAUUUGUGUAGAAUGUUUUGCUUACACGAAAAGAGAAAGAAAUAUGAAGGUCUGUAAAAUGUGUUCCAUUAAAUGGAAAUAUGCUAGUCUUUGUUUCAUGCAGUUUUGUUGGCAAUAAAACUCUCAGCACUGUG